AUGGAUCAGGAGUACAAGCAGCGGAAUGCCCACUAUGAAACCGAGGUGCACUUCCAGAAGUGCUAUGGCGUGAUGGGCGAGCUGUCCGAAGCUCACAACUACCUGAGGGACUUGGUGCCAGAGAAAGGCUUCAAGUUUCUCGACUUGGGCUGCGCUCCCGGUGGGUUCAGCUCCUACCUCCUGGAAGAUCCCAGGUGUCGCAUGGGGUUUGGCGUGACCCUCCCGUCAACAGUUGGAGGGUUUCCUAUGCGCUUGCGAUCGCCCAAUUUUCUUUUGCAGCAAGGAGAUCUCUUCGAGCUCGGGCCGGCAGAUCUCAUCGCCAAGGAGGUUCACAUUUGUAUUUGUGAUGCCCAGUACAUGCGCAACGAGGUCGCCUGGGAUGAGAGGUACACAGGGGUCCGUUGCCGAAGUAAGCAGCAUGGCGUCUGGGCACUGCUGGUGAAGCAGUUCUGGCUCGGACUGCUUUUGGCGGGCGGCAUGCUGAUUUUCCGCUUCGGCUGGCGAGAUGGACCUCCGGAGGAAACUUGGGACAAGUGCACGUUGCGGCUCUUCGCCUUGCUUCACGACCUCUUUAAACAGGUCAAAGAUGUGAAGUCUGAUUACUUCAAUGCGCUCCAGAGCUCUUUCUACGUCUGCUGUUCGGGCUUCGACAGGAGACGCUUCGAAGAGCGCGAGGUAGCCAAGUUGCUCGGCAACAAUUUCAAUUACCUCGUCACGACGAGGAUCAGCGAUGCCAACCAGCUGGAGAUACUGCAGCAAGUCGACAGCAUCCGAACGAAGGAGGUUGACGACACAAUCACCAGCAUGCUCGAUCGGAUAGAAAAGCUUCGGAUCAUCCACGAGCAAAGCCGACGAUGGCACCAGCGGCUCGAAGAUAGGUCUGAUGACCCCAGGGCCGUUGUGAUGGUUUCACCUGUGCCGGCCAUCAUGAAAGAAGAUGAGCUGGUCACAAUUUUUUCAGUGUACGGGCGAGUCAAGCGUGUUGACAUCGAACGGGCAGAGCAGAAG